AUGGCCAAAGCAAAUAAUCCGUUACUAGAAAACAAAGAUGUUUCAGUAUUAGAUCCAAUAUCAAAUGAUAUUACAACUCGGUGGAACUCAACUUACCUAUUGCUAAGCCGACUACUUGAUCUUUAUGAAACUACGAAAUUAUUACAGCAAAAUCUAGCAAAAGACAAAGAAAGAGAAGUUAGAAAUGAUGCGAAAAAAAUGGAAAAGUUGCUUCUUAAUCAUGAAGAUUUGUUGGGAAUUCAAGAAUUGGUCGAAUUAUUGGAUCCUUUUGCACAUGUCACAAUAAUAAUGGACGGAGACCAUUAUCCUACUCUUUCAAUAAUGUUAUCAUUGAUUAAAGUUUUACAAGAACAUUUAUUCCGAAAAGCACAUACUCUUACCAAUCCAAUUAUUCAUAAGGUGCGUGAUGAAAUUGAGCUAUCUUUUGGAGAAUGCUGGGAUAAGCCAGGAUUAGAAGGAUACAUUGCUGCCAUGUUAGAUCCAAGAUUUAAAGACCUAAGUUUUGAAUCUGAAAAAUUCGAAACAACAAAGAAUGAAUUACAAUAUCGAAUGAAAAAAGAUAUGAGAAACAUAUAUCCAACAACUUAUGCUUCUGAAAACCAUGUACCCUCUUUAUUAAAUUCACUGUUUGAAGAAGCUCCUCGCCAAGUGUGUCCUGUCGAAACUGAACUUAAGAUUUAUUUUGACAUGUCCAAAAUACCAAAACAUGAUCUUUCUGAUCCACUUUAUAAGAAAUACAACCCAUUAGACUUUUGGCACGAUAAUCGACUAACUCUACUCUUAAUGGCACGGCAAGCACAAUGA